AGAGCGCAACAGGGAGCAUCAUCACUCACCAUGGAGAAGGCGACCCACCGCUUGGCUCCCUCGGGCCAUCAGAGCCUCACGAAUCCAUCGUCGGCCGACGCAUCCCUGAGUACCAAUGAGUCGAGCUUGAAGCCGCCGACGUUCUUCUCCAGUGCAGUGGCGUCGAUGGCCCACUGCCCGCGUGAGCUGUGGCUGAUUUUCCUCCUCAAGUACCUCGAGUCGUACGCCUACUUCGUCUUCUCCUACACGCUCAUUCUCUUCCUCUCGGACGAGUUCGGCUUCACCGACGAGGAGGCCGGCCUGGCGUACGGCAUCUUCGGCAUGCUCGUGUCCGUCUACGGCUUUGUCAUCGGCAUCAUCAUCGAUAUCCUGGGGGUCAAGUGGAGCCUCGUGGGCGGCACAGCCAUACUCUUCUGCUCCCGACUGAUGCUCACCUUCACCACCGACGUCCACGUCCUGACGCUCAUUCUCUUCACGGCACUGCCUGUGGGCUCGGCCAUGGGCAUCCCCGUCAUGCAGGUCAGCUGGGGUGGGGGAGGGAAAGAACCGAAUCGAUGCAGGCCCGACAGUGAUGCUGACGAUGCGAUACGAUGUGUGUGUGUUGUGUGUGUUGUUGUGCGGUGUGUUCAGAUUGGCAUUCGGCGGUACACUGACGAGGGCAACAGGAGCCUGGGCUACUCCAUCUUCUACGUUAUGAUGAACCUCGCAGCCAUAUGCGCUGCACCGGCAAUUGGUAACACCCCUCCCCACACACACAGCCAUGGACACAGACAUUCACACACACGAAGCACAUCUAUAUGUGUCGGUGUGUGCAGAUGCCUUCCACGAGGCCUUUCCGACGGGCGUGGCCAUCGCGUUCGGCGCCCGCACUUACAGGAUAUCCUCAUUCAGGCUGCUCAUAUUCACCGGGGCCGUCAUGACCCUCGUCAGGUCAGCCAGGCACACACAGGGCACGAACACACACCAGACUGCAGAGAGAGGCCAUUGUGUGCUAUGUGUGUGUGUGUGUGUGUGUGUGUGUGUGCUAUGUGUGUGUGUUCCAUGCAGUUUCGGCAUAUCGCUGACGUGCAUGCGGGAGGUGUCGAUGUCGCCACAGGGGCUGGUCUACAGAGAUACGGGCCGGGAGAAGGCCACACGCGACACAAACACCCAGCAGAAGGGGCCCUUCGGCGCAUUCAAGUGAGCCAUCUAGAGGGGAGGAUGUUUGCUGGGCCAUGUGUCUGUGUCCAUGUAUGUGUGUGUGCAUCAGGGAUGUGUUGAACCACCCCAGCUUCUGGCGGUUCUUUUUGCUGGUGGUGUUGCUGUUGGGCGUGCGCAUCAUAUACCGACACCUCGACGCAACCUUCCCAAAAUACAUGGUGGGAAGGGCACCUCACACACACAGAGAGAGGAGCAUACGCACCCCGAUGGGUGCUCAUAUGUGUGUGUAUGUGUGUAUGUGUGUGUUUAGGUGCGUGAGUUCGGCAAGGAUGUCAUGUUCGGGUCGAUCAUCGCCAUCAACCCCCUGUGCGUGGCCAUAGUGGUGCCCCUCCUCGCACCGCUCAACAUGCGCCUCCACCCACUACAGAUGAUAAUCGUCGGCGCGUCGCUCUCCGCGCUCUCGCCCUUCCUCCUCGCCAUGGGACACACCUACACCACUGCCAUUGGGUCAGCCAGGGAGGGAGGGAGGGGCCGCUGUUGUCAAUCUCUCUCUCUCUCUCUCUCUGUGUGUGUAGGUUUGUGACCCUCCUGUCGUUGGGCGAGGCGAUUUGGUCUCCGCGAUUCUACGAGUACACCGUCACCAUUGCCGAAAAGGUUAGUAGACGAGGAGGUGGCGGUGGCGGGGAGGCAACGCAGCACAGACAUAUCACAUGAGUGUCCCCCUCUGUCUGUCUGUGUGUGGUUUGUGGUGUGUGAUUGAUUGAUCAGGGUCGUGAGGGCACUUACAUGGCGCUGGCGUCGACGCCCAUGUUCAUGGCCACACUAGUGACGGGCGCCAUGUCGGGCUGGCUGCUCGACACGUUCUGCCCAGAGACCGGUGCGCACAGACACAGGCAACCAACCCUUUACUGUACUUGGUCACUCGACACGUGUGCGUGGUGCAGGCUCGCGUCACUCCGAGAUGAUGUGGUUCAUCGUGGGCUGCGUGAGCAUCACAUCGCCGCUCGGCAUGGUGCUCCUCUACGAGAUUAUCGAAGAAAAGGUCACACUCGCGCACACACACUCGCCCUCUCACACACCUUGUCGCACGCCCAAGGCGCCGUGUGUGUGUGUGUGUGUGUGCAGGCUCACCGUGUGCACUCUGCCUCGUCAGUGCAACUAAAGCUGACGGCCGACGAGCGUGAGCAGGAGAGCCUUCCCAGCGACAGCCGCCAUGUGGAUGGGCUGCUUAAGAGCUCCAACUCGGUCCCUCGCCUGUCUGCCUACGCCACUCUGCCGUCGACCGUCACGGCCACUGACCUGAGCACCAGCAUCACGACGGAAGAGGUCAAACCACACACACACACAGAGAGACAGCACUCUCCAACCACAGAGCGCAUGAUAUCUGCCUGCCUGCCUGCCUGUGUGUUGGUCCUCAGCCUGUCGCCGUCGUCACCACCGCCACCACCGAGAAGACCGGCCUGUUGGCCUUUCCACCCACCAGCAAUAAGAGGAGGGACAACCACAGUGCGAACGACCACCACCACCUCAUUCACCGCCGCAGAGCCGACGACACACAGACGGCGGCCGCGCCCAUCGAGGCCAUCAUCCCCGACCCGCUGUACAGCAAAUAUGACAAGGGGCCGGCUGACACCGUCAAGGCGGUGGCGGGAAGGCCGCCCUGCCCACACGGGGUCAGUUUCAACAGCACGGCUCCGGCCACCGAUGAGAGUGAGAUGCUGGAGUCGGGCACUGGGGGGAGCGGGGAAAGCUUCGGGUACCCACUCGCUGCCCACAAACUAGGUACGUGGAGUGCCGCCCACACACACGCAAAUUCUUGCGCGCCCGCCGGAUGCAUGCCUGCUGUGUGUUGUGUUGUGUGUUGUCUUUUGCUGGGUGCAGUUGAUCGCUGUGCAUAGGUAGGUAGGGAGAUAGCUGGGGCGGCGGCGGUGUUGCUGCUGCUGUUUUGUGUGCAUCGAAUGAACGGUCCAUCGAUCGCACCAACGGUCGGCAGCGCAGUGGAGUCACAACAUGCUCGGGCCAGCUCGGCUCCACACCGAUGCGAUCGAUCACGGCAGACCUUGCUCAACAGACAGAGAGAAGGGAGGGUGUGUGAGGGGUGUCGUGUCGACGAUUGCUUAGCAGCAUCAGCCGUGCUGGCGUCGUGGUGUCUUUCUUAUUCCCUGUGCGAGUGUGCAUGUCUGUCUGUGGGGCAUUCAUUCACUCACUCAUUUCUUUCUUUCAUUCUGUGUACAUACAUACAUCAUACAUACAUGCAGACGUUUGGGUGUCUAUAAAUAGUCAGUCAGUACGGGAGAGGCAUUAACGACGUGUUGGUUGCUCUCUCUGCGGGGGGUGGUCCAUCCAUCCCAUUCAUGUAUAGGGGGGAGGGGCUGCUGCCUGCAUGGCAUGGCAUGGCAUGGCACACUGGAGUGCUCUGCGUGUGUCAUGUAUCGGUCCAUUGGAUGAACAUUAUCCAUGCGUGUGCGUGUUUGCGUAGGGGGAGGGAGGGAACUGAUCAUGACAAUGGCUUUCUCAGAGGCCAGGGUCAAGGGUUCCU